AUGGCCAGUCUGGUCCCAGGGGCAGCGGCUCUCGCCGCCCCGGGAGCGGCCCGCAGCAAGAAGCGUCCGGCGAGCCCGGGCAACGGCAGCGGCCCCGGCCCCAGCAAGAAGAAGAAGGUGGCAGCGAGUGUGUUUGUUCUGCAGAGUGUAGGUGCAGAGACCAUGAAUGAAAAUAAAUUUAUGACUGUGGAUCCCAAUACCGGGCCAAUGGAAGCCGCCAUCAAACCAUUGCCAUUUAAGGAUCCAAACUUCAUUCACUCUGGCAUUGGUGGAGCAGCAGCUGGCAAGAAGAACAGAACUUGGAAGAACCUAAAACAAAUUCUUGCUUCUGAAAGGGCAUUGCCAUGGCAACUCAAUGAUCCUAGUUACUUUAAUAUCGAAGCUCCUCCUUCCUUUAAACCAGCCAAGAAAUACUCUGAUAUUUCAGGACUUCCUGCAAAUUAUACAGAUCCACAGAGCAAGCUGAGAUUCAGUAGCAUUGAAGAAUUUGCUUACAUUCGGAUGCUUCCUUCAGACGUUGUUACAGGUUACCUGGCAUUAAGAAAAGCAACGAGUAUAGUUCCCUAA